AUGGAAGCGAUUGCCUCUUUCAGCGCCGACAUUCCGUUCGCCUCCCUCAUCGAAAACACCCAGACUGCCUUUGCGAAGCUCUUUGAGAUAAACAGAGCGAGCAUCGAAGCCGUCCCACGCCGGACCUUCGAGUACGGCUCAGAUGAUCGUCAGCAACUGGACGUUUACUACCCCUCGAUGCAAGCGUCGCCGCCGAAGAAGGCACCGAUCCUCGUCUUCGUCUACGGCGGCGGUUUCACCACCGGCGCGCGCGUGCACCCAGAGCCGCUCUCGCUCGCCUACCCAAAUGUCGGCGCCUUCUUCGCCUCGCGUGGCUUCCUCACCGUCGUCCCCGACUACCGGCUCGUCCCGACCGUCAGGUACCCCGCCCCCGCGGAGGACGUGCGCGACGCCCUCGCCUGGGUCGUCCAAAACACGUCCGUCAUUGGCGGAAACCCCGACGCGGACCGCAUCUUCCUCGUGGGCCACUCUGCCGGCGGGGUGCUCGCCUCGACGGUCCUCCUCGCGCCGCAGCUCGACGAGACGCACACGCUCCUGCCACGGAUCAAGGCCGCCGUGCUGGUGGGCACUCCGUUCCAUUUCAACGCCACCCUGCCGCAGAGGCUGCCUGUGCUCGAUCAGUUAUACGGCCCCGUCGAGGCGACCAAGAAUAAAGAGCCGCUCGGCCUGUUGGCGAGCACGUCCGACGAUCGUGUCAGAUACCUCCCAGAGAUCAUCUGCGUCGAGGGUGAACACGAGACUGUCGCGAUAACGCAGAGCGGUUUUGACUUUAGGGCCGCGCUCGAGGAGAGGUUGGCGAUUGUUGGUGGCGGUAAGGGAGGCUGGACGAAGGUAAAGCGAAUCGUCCUCGACGGCCAUAACCACAUCAGCACCACGUGGGCGCUUUCAUCUGGCGAAGGAGAUGAGUGGGCAGACAAGAUGGCUGAGCGCCUGAAAGCCAUGUGA